AUGGCCUUCAUCAUUAUGUCAGAAUGGCUACAGGCUGCAGGAAUUCAGUGGCUGGACUCACUGGAGCUCCGUCAGCCGCCGGCUGCUUCCAGCGUUAAUCCACCAGCCCCAAUCCCCCGCCACGCUAUAGUAAUGUUGCAGCUGCUUCCACGAAUGCGUUGUGUUGCUCUCUUGGAACUUUCAUCGCACAGAUAUCAAACCAAGCAAAUUCAUGCCCAGAUGAUCACAAACGCCUUAUUACGCGAUACUUUGAACAUCGCCAAACUAAUAGAGAAAUACCGUACCGAUAGCCAGGAAUCCUGCGAAGGAGGCGCCACCUAUUCUCGAUUUCUCUUCCGUCAGGCCACAGAAGAGAUAAAAGACACAUUUUUAUGCAACGUCAUGCUUAAAUACGCCUCGCCGGAGGAAUCAAUACGUUUCUUCGCCGACGAGAUGAUGAGGGUUGCUCCGCCUGAUUACGCAAGCUACGCCUACGUCUUCCGAUCGUGUGCACGGCUGCGCGCCGCGAGGGAAGGGAAGCAGGUGCACGCUCGAGUGUUAAAGGAAGGGCUAGAGUCGCAAUUGGCGCUGGCGACGACGUGUGUCUACUUCUAUGCGUUAUGCCGGGAUAUGGAGGCUGCACGCAGACUGUUCGACAAAAUGACGGAAAGAAGCUCGGUGAGCUGGAAUGCCAUGAUCACCGGCUACUGCGUCAAUGGAUUAGCAAAGGAAGCACUGUUGUUGUUUAAAGGAAUGGCUUAUAGUGAAGCGAGGCCUACAGAAAGAACCACUCUGCUGCUGCUCUCUGCUUGCUCGCAACUAGGUGAUCUGGCACUCGGCGCCACGGUUCAUUCACUUGUAUUAAAGACCAUUCAAGCUCCCCUAGAUUGUCCCUUUAUAGGGACUGGACUGGUUGAGAUGUACUCCAAAUGUGGAUCCCUUGAGAACGCUUCAGCAUUGUUUGGUGCUAUGAAGCAGAGAAAUGUGAUCACCUGGAGCACAAUGGCUGCCGCUUUUGCCAUCCAUGGAGAGGGGAAAGUAGUGGUGGAACUUAUUAACUUGAUGGAAAAGGAAGGAAUAGUACCAAAUGCCAUCACUUUCACGUCAUUGCUCUCAGCUUGCUGCCAUGCCGGGCUGGUCGAAGAGGGCCUGCACCUGUUUGAUGAAAUGCAGAGCCGCUUCAAUGUCGUGCCUAGAAUGCAGCACUAUGGCUGCAUUGUUGAUCUUCUUGGCCGGGCUGGGAUGGUAGAGGAAGCUCAUGAGUUCAUUAAAAACAUGCCUGUGAAGCCUGAUGCUGUUGUCUGGAGGGCUCUGCUUGGUGCUUGCAAGAUCCAUGGUGAGGCGGAGCUCGGUAGCAAGAUUGGGAAGAUCCUCAUAGGACACAAGCAGCUGCCAGUUGAGUCAAUGCCGGUUACCGCCUGUGAAGACUUCAUAGCACUAUCCAAUAUGUACGCUUCGACCGAAAGGUGGGAAGAGGUUCACACCGUUAGAACUGCAAUGAAGAAGAAAGGGAUUCAGAACAAACCAGGCCGCAGUUCAGUUCAAAAUGUACAGACUAGAUUGAAAAUGCAAACAGGCAUUGCUAUGUGA